AUGCUCACAGACCAGGGACGUGAUGACGGAAUAGAUAGUGCCGAGGGCGAGGAGCAACCUCCCCCACCUCCGGAGAUCCCUCCCCAGACAGAGGCUCACGGCACUGCAGGCUUUACAGAUGAGGAUCUCGACCUCUUCGAGGAAGGGAUCGUCCUAGAGGAGCUUCAGCGUUCAACCCAAUUCAUUCAGCUCCUCAGAAACGCACGAAUAGACAACAUCACUCACCACAAAUUGUCUACGGCUGCCCGUUAUCGCCUUCGACACCCUCCCACAACUAUCAGCGAUCUCUCUGAUGACCGCGCCCUUCGGGUUGCCCUCAAGCUACUGAUGAAAAACUUGACGGAUGAUCAAUACAAGGCUGCUUGCGAUGUACUGGAAGAAGAGGUACCCGGCCUCAAGACACACUCUCUCUACACGGCCCACCGAGAGCUCGCUCGUCUCAGCGGGGUGGAGGGGAUAGUCGAAGACAUGUGCCCCAAUACGUGCCUCGCAUACACAGGACCCUUUGCCUCUCUCGACAGCUGCCCCGAGUGCGGCACGUCUCGCUAUCUGCCUGGAACAUCAAAAAAACAUCCUCGUCAAAAGUUCACGACACUUCCCAUCGGUCCCCAGAUCCAAGCACUGUGGCGACACCCUGAUACUGCCUGUAGAAUGCACUAUCGGCAAGAACGCACGCGGGAAAUGCUAGACCGGCUCAGUCGCAACGACCCUGCUGCCUUCCACGUCUUUGACGACAUCAUACAAGGCCAGCAUUACAUUGACGCUUGCCACGACGGUCUCAUUACGGACGCGAGCACCGUCCUGAUGUUCUCCAUUGACGGCGCCCAGCUGUACCAAUCCAAGCAAUCUGAUUGCUGGAUUUACAUAUGGGUUGUCUACGACCUCGCACCCAGCGAGCGGUACAAAAAACGACAUGUCGUUCCAGGUGCCGUAAUUCCCGGGCCAAAAAAACCGAAAAACCUUGAUUCGUUUCUCUUUCCAGGUUUCUAUCACCUUGCCGCACUCCAGAAUGACGGUCUCGUCAUUUACGAGGGCGACACUCAGCUUACACACCGCAACAACCCCUAUCUCUUUGUCGGCACGGCAGAUGGACCAGGGAUGGCCAUGCUCACAUGCCUGGUUGGCCAUCACGGUAAAAUCUCAUGCCGACUGUACUGCGAGUUCCCGGGGCGCCGCCCUCCCGGGAACCCCCACUAUUAUCCUGCCAUGCGUCUCCCCGACAACUACGAUAUCAGCGGAUGCCAGCACCCCUCCACGCGUGCAAGCAAACUACCUGCGGCGGGCUCUGGAAACUAUCAUGGCAACCUCGCCCGUCUCCUCGCUAGCUCUACGCAGGCCGAAUAUUGCGUCAUGCGGCGCGAGACGGGCAUCGUGAAACCCACCAUUUUCUCUGGUAUCCCCCAUACGCUCCCUCUUCCCCUCGCAUUCGGCUCCGACAUAAUGCAUGUGACCGCGAUUAAUGUUGGCGAUCUGCUCAUUCCCUUAUGGCAAGGACAAUUCCAGCACGCAGAAGACGAUCGCCCUUCUAACUGGAAGUGGGCCGUCCUCAGAUCGCAUCGGGCAUGGAACGAGCACGGUAAGCUCGUCGGUUCUAUGACGUGUUACCUCCCCGGCUCCUUCGAUCGUCCGCCUCGCAAUCCAGCCAAAAAGAUUCACAGCGGCUACAAAGCCUGGGAGUGGCUUCUCUAUAUCUAUGGUAUGGGCCCUGCUUUGUUCUAUGGUCUACUUCCGCGAGAACACUGGGAAAACCUCUGUCAUUUGGUACUCGGGGUUCGGCUGCUGCAGCAGCAUUCGAUUACCUUCACACAGGUUCAGACGGCUCGCGACCACCUCAACAAGUUUGCCGAUGGCUUCGAGAAGAUAUAUGUCCAGAAAAGGGCUGACCGAAUUCACUUUGUUCGGCCGUGGAUUCACGCGGUAACUCACAUGGCCGCAGAUACGACGCGAAAAGGCCUGCCACUGACAAGCUCGCAGUGGACCAUGGAACGCAUGGUCGGCGAUCUGGGCCGCGAGAUACGGUCUCACUCCCACCCAUAUGCCAAUCUCUCUCGGCGCGCCCUCCUUCGCUGCCAAGUCAACGCUGUCAAAGUGUUGUACCCCGCACUGGUACCCACCGACGCUCCGCUACCGCGCGCUUCAGUCGCCUUUGGUGACUAUGUCAUUCUCCCUCGCAAGGAACGUUACUUGUACACCCCUAACCCCUCCGAGACCGCUGCAUUGGUCAAUGCACUUCGCAAAAACAGGAUUGAAGUCCAUGGACAGCCACGCAUUCAACGUCGCGCUCGACUUCGCCUGCCGAACGGUCAAAUUGCCCGGUCGUACUGGAAGGAGAAAUCUAUGGUUGGUAGUGUUAGAUGCUCUCGGAAUGUAUCGAUACAUCUACCAGGACAAGCUGACCCUGUGUACGCAGAGGUUCAGUAUUUCUUUGUCGGCAUGCUCAAUGGGGUUGAGCAUGCAUUCGCCAUGGUGUCAAUCUAUGGCGCGCCCGACAACGUGCUUCGAACUGAUUCAUUCGAGACCAUCCACGCAUGUCGGUAUCACGGAGAAGCGGCCCUACAAGUCAUCAAAAUCAAGUACAUCAAAUCUGUCAUUGCCAUGCUCCCUCACAAGUUCCCUGGUCGCGAACGCGAAGGGACUUUUUGGUUUGUUGUUGAGAAGCCCGGGUUGGAUAUAGCCGUGUUUAGUGGACUGGAGCGUGGCAUUGGUGACCUGUCCCUUUCUGAUGUUUCUUAG